AUGCUACUGGCGGUAGCACUGCUUUUAUCGACUUUGGUGGCGCGAUUGGACGGGAGGUUUUUGGAAAUCGGCAAACAACCACCCGGAACCGUUGCGAUUGUGCCGAAUGAUGACGAUGGCGAAAGUGUGCUGCUCGCUCCAUUAUUUGAUGAUCUGCAAGAACUCGACCGCGAAAAAGCUAGUGAGAUGAUUUCGGUAAAGCUGUUAAACCAGUACCACGCGAAAACGUUCGAUGUCGCGGAUCAGCUGAACGGUAACGACAUGAUGCUCGAUGAUGCCCGUCCGUUAUCAACGGAACUGGACCAUGAAGCGGUGAACCAUUUACAAGCACAUGGCAAUCACUUCGGGGGACCUUUUGUACAUUCAUCUCCAAUGGAUAUGAAUGUGAUCGACAUGAAGGAAAACGGUAUAGAGCAAGAUUUUGCCCCAACAGAAACGAUCCUUGACGAGCGUUUGCUGGAAGGUUGGAUACCUUCCGACAGCAACGUGGUACCAUCGAGUGCGAACCAUUUGCCACCGAGUAGCACCGUUGCUGCACGUGAAAAUAAGGCCAAUUUGAUGGCGGCUACUACUGCUACUACCACUACCAUGACAACUACUAGCACAACCACAAGAAUGACCACCGUGCGUAAAGUACAGCGCAAAACACGCCGGUUACAGUCGGUCAGCAGUUCGAGUAGUCCGCGUCCACCAAGUAGUACACAGCGUGCACCUCCGAGCGGAGUGAUGGCAGCAACGACAACUACGUCCACAAGCCAACGGCCACCAGUUCCCAAGAUAGACAUUAAAAAGCUAAAUCUGGAUCAUCUUGAAAAUGACCUGCUAUCCUUUUCCACACUGGUCCCUCCGCAGGCUUUGGCGCUCGCGUCCGUUUCCUCGUCCGCUCGCUUGCUUCCGAGAAGUAUAAAACCCGAGGAAGCAGUUCCCACUUGCGGCUGUCAGCACAAGAAGCGAUCGCUCUCGAAGAAUCUGUACUCAUCCGAGGAUCCUGUGGACGAUUAUGACUACUACGAUGACUACGACUAUAAUGAGGUGCAGAAGCGGCCCAGAUCGCUUGCUGAUCGGCCAAUGCUAUUCCCGGCCAUGUCACGCCUGCUAGCUGUUGGUUCCAGCGAAGUGCAGGAGAGUAGCAUUGAACGUGCGGAAAAAGUCCAUGGCACACUGGAAAGGCUAAUGGGCAUCGUGACCAUCUUUUCGCAUGUUGAUGAUUUUAUUCAGCGGAAAACGAAACAAUCGAUACGACGGUUGGCUCGUCUGUACGAAAGCGAGGAGUCGGAUUAG